UUUAUCUAUGGUUAAAUAAAGCUGUGUAAUAUUCUUAUUUACAUACAAAGCAAAUAAAAAAUAUGGGACAAACGAAAAGCCAGUUUAGUGACGAUGAACUACAGGAUUAUCAGGACCUGACAUAUUUUUCAAAAAAGGAAGUACUGCACGCACAUAAAAAAUUUAAGGCUUUAGCACCAGAAAAAGUGGGACAUAACAAAAACGCCAAGCUUCCAGUAGCGAAAAUAUUACAAUAUCCAGAAUUAAGUGUAAACCCUUUCGGAGAACGUAUAUGCGAAGUUUUCAGUUCUAGUCAUGACGGAGAUUGUACGUUCGAGGAUUUCCUUGAUAUGAUGUCGGUUUUUAGUGAAGGUGCUCCAAAAUCUGUUAAAGCUGAACACGCAUUCCGUAUAUUUGAUUUUGACGGGGACGAUAUGUUGGGAGUAUCAGAUUUAAAAAAAGUUAUCAACAAAUUGACAGGAGAACAUAAAUUGAAUGAUAACGAGAUAAAUAUGUUGAUAGAGAAUAUAUUAGAAGAAGCUGAUUUCGAUGAUGAUGGUUCACUUUCGUUUGCGGAAUUCGAACAUAUCACUGAUAAAUCUUCGGAUUUUUUAAAUGCCUUUAGGAUUCGUUUGUAAGCAACCAAAUAUAAAAAAUAUAACAUCAAUAUUCAUAUAUUUUAAUGUCUAAUUUGUCCCUUUAAUAAAUUAUAAUCAAUUAAAUGGA